AUGUCCUCGCCACGCCCAACAAAGCGCCGCCGCUGCUCAGGCUACAUCUCCCCACCCCUAACCGACGACGACAAUCUCGACAAUCUCAAAGUCCUGGACCACGCCGUCAACGUUCUCAAAGUCGAAGCAGAAGCCCUCUCAGGCAUUCAUCACCUAUACGCCGCCUCCGAAACUGCCCGAGACGGCCUCACAUCUGCCGUGAAAGCAGUGGUAAACGCCAAUACCCAUGGCGGCAAACUCAUCGUCUGCGGUGUUGGCAAAUCAGCCUACAUCGCCAUGAAACUCGUCGCAACGUCGAAAUCAUUGGGAAUUGCAGCGAGUUUUAUGCACGCAACCGAAGCGGCGCAUGGCGACUUGGGGGAUGUGCGUGCAAAGGAUGUACUUUUGUUUGUCUCCUUCAGUGGCAAGACGCCAGAAUUGCUGAAUGUGCUACCGCAUGUCCCUAAAUCUGUGCGAGUGAUGGCGAUGACUUCACAUCUGUCGCGGGGGGACUGUCAGUUGUUGGCUGAUAGGACUGAUGGGAUCUUGCUACCAGCGCCGAUCCAUGAGAAAGAAGAGACUACCUUCGGAGUCUGCGCACCCACGACCUCGACGACUGUAGCAUUGGCCGUGUCCGAUAUGUUGGCUCUCACAGUGGCGAACGAAAUGCAUCGGGGAAAGACGAAGCAAGUCUUCAAGCGGAAUCAUCCAGGAGGAGCGAUCGGGAUGACUCACCGCGAAGUCAAAGCAUUGAAGGAAGCUGAAGUUGAUGUGUCAGUUGUGGAGCUACCGAGCCCGACCAUUGCGGCGUUGGAGAAGUGA